GCGCAGAUGGGCCGGGUGGGCGAGAUCCCCGCGCCGCCCGCGGAAGACUUCCCCCCACCACCCCCUCCUCUCCUCGGGGACGGUGAUGACUCUGAAGGCGCUCUGGGAGGUGCCUUCCCACCUCCCCCUCCCCCUAUCGAGGAGCCGUUUCCCCCUGCGCCUCUGGAGGAGGAGAUCUUCCCUUCCCCACCGCCUCCACUGGAGGAGGAGGGAGGGCCUGAGGCCGCCAUACCUCCCCCUCCACAGCCCAGGGAGAAGGUGAGCAGUAUUGAUUUGGAGAUCGACUCUCUGUCCUCCUUGCUGGAUGACAUGACCAAGAAUGAUCCCUUCAAAGCCCGGGUGUCAUCUGGAUACGUACCCCCACCAGUCGCUACUCCAUUCAUUUCCAAGUCCAAUACUAAGCCUGCAACUGGAGGCACAGCACCCCUGCCUCCUUGGAAGUCCCCUUCUAGCUCCCAGGCUCUGCCCCAGGCUCAGGCUCAGGCUCAGCCUCCGAGCCAGACCCAGUUCCAAGUGCAGCCCCAGGCCAAGCCUCAGGUCCAGGUUCACAUGCAGCCCCAGGCCCAGCCCCAGCCAGUGCCUUUGGCAAACACCCAGCCCCGAGGACCCCCAGCCCCAUCUCCUGCCCCUAAGUUUUCUCCAGUGGCUUCCAAGUUUACUCCUGUGGCAUCCAAGUUCAGCCCUGGAGCCCCAGGUGGACCCGGGUCACAGCCCAAUCAGAAGUUGGGGUCCCCCGAAGCCCCCUCUUCCAGUAGCACAGGCUCCCCUCAGCCCCCCAGCUUCACCUAUGCUCAGCAGAAGGAGAAGCCUCGAGUGCAGGAGAAGCAGCAUCCAGUGCCCCCAAUGGCUCAAAACCAAAACCAGGUCCGCUCCCCUGGGGCCCCGGGACCUCUGACCCUGAAGGAGGUGGAGGAGCUGGAGCAGCUGACCCAGCAGCUAAUGGAGGACAUGGAGCAUCCUCAGAGGCAGAAUGUGGCCGUCAAUGAGCUCUGUGGCCGGUGUCAUCAGCCCCUGGCGCGCACACAGCCUGCAGUUCGGGCGCUGGGGCAGUUGUUCCACAUCACCUGCUUUACCUGUCACCAGUGUGAGCAGCAGCUGCAGGGACAGCAGUUCUACAGCCUGGAGGGGGCGCCCUACUGUGAGGGCUGCUAUACUGACACGCUGGAGAAGUGCAACACCUGUGGGCAGCCCAUCACUGACCGCAUGCUGAGGGCCACGGGCAAAGCCUACCACCCGCAGUGCUUCACCUGCGUGGUCUGCGCCUGCCCGCUGGAGGGCACCUCCUUCAUUGUGGAUCAGGCCAACCGGCCCCACUGUGUCCCCGACUACCACAAGCAGUACGCCCCCAGGUGCUCCGUCUGUGAAGGGCCCAUCAUGCCCGAACCUGGCCGCGAGGAGACCGUGCGAGUGGUCGCUCUGGAUAAGAACUUCCACAUGAAGUGCUACAAGUGUGAGGACUGCGGGAAGCCAUUGUCCAUUGAAGCAGAUGACAAUGGCUGCUUCCCCCUGGAUGGCCACGUGCUCUGCCGGAAGUGCCACACUGCCAGAGCCCAGACCUGAGUGGGCACUGGCGAGUGUAUCUCUCCCCCAUCAGUGGACCAUCCUGCCCUACACCUGCCCUGCUCCCAUUCAGUUAUCUUUUUGUGUCCAGCCUUUCCUUCCACGCCCACCCCCCCCUGUAUCCCAGGUGCCCUGUGCAGGGCCCCGACAUGGCCCAGGGCUGCGGCGUCCCAGUUAUGGGUUUCCAGGCCACCCCUGUCCCGCAGGGACCACCCACCCCCCUCCAGGUGUGCGCCACCUGAGGGGGCGCCAGGUUGAGCGCUGCUGCUUUCACUGCUGCACCGAUGCCCUUGGCUGGUCCCCGAGCAGCCGUGUACUCUGCUUGCUGAGGGCCGGGAGACCCCCUGACUCAGGGAGGCUGGGCUGGGCUGGGCUGGGCUGACUGGCCUGGACAUUCCCACCCGCCUCCCCGUGCUGCCAGGUUGUGGCUACAGCUACAGAUAAAGUAAUCCUGUUUUCCAGAA